CCGCAAAGUACCGUCAAUACUGGCAGAAAGCCUGAGAUGCUGUAAAUAACCCAAUUAUAUUGUAAUGCAUUUAGUGCUUACAAUCAAAGACAAUUUUUACCCCCCAAAAAAGAAGUGGAACUAAUGUUCAGCUCACAUAAGAUUGUUGGAGAGCCAAGGAAAUAUGUAAUACAGUGGUUUAAAGAGAUUUCCAGUAAGAGCGGGAAAAGUCUGGGCACUCAAAUCAGUUUGGACAAUUUCAUGCAGAAAGCUGCCUGAUAGCAAGGCUUCUGGAGAAGUGUGUAAUGUUCUCUGGUUAUGUUCACAUGCUUCAUCUGUCAGGGUGCCUCUCCUGGCUGGCUGUUCCUGCACAAUUCAACCUGCCUUGAGUUAACUAUCAACACAAAGUGACUUGAGUUAACCAUCUAAAACAGCCACGGCCCCAGUUACACAGUUGCUGUGAGAGCAGCUCCUGGUGACAGAGUCUAGAAAGGCCUCAAGGAGAAGAAGGGAAAGCAUGGAGAGCUUAGAGCUGUCUUUCUGCAACUCAGAGCUGGGGAUGCAGAGAUGGGUCAGAUCUGCCUGGGAAGGUGGGGGAGACAGGUCUCCUCAGAGCCUCACUGCUACCACUUGGGACCCUUCCCCCACACCAUAGCCAAGUUCUCCAGCCAAGCUUCUGCCUCAGUCCCUAAGGAAACAAAAAUUGAUUAACCUCUUCAGAAUGGCUGCCUAGAUGAGGAAGGCCACCUCCUCAACGCUGUCAGCUUCCCCAGCCUGAAGCCUCUGCCUUUGUAUUCCACCCUCCCUCCCAGGGAUCAGGACUUUGAGAAGCUGUAUGGAAAAAUGCUACCUACCUCUGCAUAAUUAAAAGAAUUUAUCAAAGCAGGAGCUUUGACAAAUCACCCACAUUUUGGUCCCUGUCAAACAGCAGGUGGCAGGCCUGUCCUAAAAGAGCUGGCAAUGCCUGACCUACUUUUCAAGGCUCUUCUAGACAGCAGCCUCCAUCUCUGGCAUAGAAAAGUGCCUGGUGUCAGGAAGAGCCCUGGAACCUACUGCAUUCUAUCCAUCAUGGGAGUAGCUGGGCCCUGACAGGGCUCAGUGAAACCUGGGAUUGGUGACUAAAGGGGGAAGAUGGGGACUGGUGGCAUCAGAGGACCAGCAUGGGCACUGAGGUCUGGAGAGAUGUUACAGAGGAAGGAAAUAUGUCUUGAGACUCUGAGAGCUGCCCAGAGGGAGUCCCAGGGCCAGUGCCUAGUGUAUUUGGCAGGGGUGGGGGUUGCAGGGACUGCAGGGGGAGUUUACCUGAUUGACUCCCAACCCUGCCUGCCUGAGGCUGGCGAUCAGGAAGGCACUGUUGACUCUGGUGAGAUCACAGAGGUAGUUCCAUAGGCCCCACCCACUCCCUACAGCUGUGCUUCCUGCUGCCCAGUGCCAAGCCCCUAGGUGCCCUCUGGGAGCUGCUGGCCAGAGGUCAGGUGGCUGUGGGAGCUGAGCGCUGGCACCUCCCACAUUCCCCCAGGAACCAUGGGGAUAUGAGGGUCAUAGGCUUUUCUUCCUAUUCCUACUUACCCUGAAUGCCCCCACUCCAGCUGUGUAGGCCCCCAGGCCCUGACUGCCUCAAGGAUCCAAUCUGAAAAGAUGCAGGCCAGUGGUAGCUGCCACACAGACCGGAGACUGGUGGUGUGGGGGUGAGGGGAGGAGCUGCUGUGUGUGCAGCUGCGCAAGGCUCAGGAGGGAGGCCCCAGGUCUGCCCCUUGUUCUGCCCCUCCUCCCUUCUCUCUGGACUAAAACCAAAGGAUUCCGUCUCGACCAAGAGUUCUUAAGAAGGGUCCACAAGCCUCCUCAAAUUAUAUGUAUAUAUGCAAAGGCCAUUUUGGGGGGAAGGGCCAAAGCCUUCAUCAGUGUGCCCAAAGUAUAACAGCAUCUCUGUGAAUCGCUGUGUUUCAGAGUCUGUGCUGGGCUCAUGCACAGUCAGAACAGAAGGAGCCAGUGGGCUACAGCCAGUCCUCAGAGCCUGGGUUAAGGCUGCUUCUCCAAAGACCCUCUGAACAGAUUUCUCUGGUGGACAGGAAAUCCCGAGGGCACGUAGGAGGCCCUGAGCCUGUGGCUUGGAGAGGGAAGACAGGACCCUGGGAGCCAAUGAAAGAAUAUGGGGGCCCUCAGAGACCUGAGUUCUGGUCCCUCUUUGGGCACAUCCCGUCAGUCUUCCCUUCUGUGGAAUGGGGCAGGCCCACAUGCUCUGUUCUCUGGUUCAGCCCUGUUUGACUCCUCUUUCCUGUCCUAGGCCUUGGGUGGGUGGGCAGGCCCCUUCCUGCUAGCCCUCUGCCCUCCCUCUCUCUCUCUCUCUCUGGUCCUGCCCAGCCCCUGCCAAUCUGUGAAACUCGCAGGAGGCUUGGCACCCACUGAGUCCCCUGGGAGGCCCUGGGCCAAGCUGAGCCCAGGGUGCUGUGAGAAGUCAACAGUGAGGAAUCUCAGAAGUCCUUCUGAGGGAGACCCCUCCAGAGACCCCCAUGAAGAGAUCACCACAAACCCAGGUGCAGGAGUGCCUCAUGGAGCCCCCAAGCAAGAGGCCCCUGGAGGAGUUUCCCCCAGAAGAGUCCCAACCCGAGGACUCAGGCCUCGAGGCAGCUCCGAGCACACACAUUCUCUACGUGGGCCACCUGAACCCCCAGUUCUCUGUGCCUAUGCUCGCCUGCCUGCUGCGGGAUGCCCUGGAGCGGCUGGAGCUGCCGGUGGCACGGGAACACAUCGAGGUGGUGAGGCGGCCCCGGAAAGCCUACGCACUGGUUCAAGUGGCCGCCCACAAGGACACCUUGGCCUCCCUCCCGCGGCGCCUGCAAACAGCGCUGGAGGAGCACCAGAUCCCCAAGGAGCUGGCAGCCCGUGGGAAGGAGCUGGUGUUGGGUGAGGGCCGGGGCCCCUCCAACCAGAGAGAGGAGGACAGUGGCCCCAGCCCAGGCUCCCGACUCCCACCAGGUGGGCUCGCUGAUGCCUCCCCAAACCCGGCCCUGGCCCCACGGCAGAGGAGCUCCCGGGGCCAGCCAAGGGGCACACGCUCGGACAGCGCCAUCGUGCACCAGAAGAUCCUGGGCCAGGAGCAGCUCUUCCAGGGAGCCUUCCUGGGAAGCGAGACGCGCAACAUGGAGUUCAAGCGGGGCAGCGGUGAGUACCUGAGUCUGGCCUUCAAGCAUCACUUGCGGCGCUACGUGUGUGCCUUCCUCAACAGCGAGGGCGGCAGCCUGUUCGUGGGCGUCGAGGACAGUGGCCUGGUGCAAGGCAUCCGCUGCAGCCACCACGACGAGGACCGUGUGCGCCUGCUAGUGGACUCCAUCCUGCAGGAUUUCAAGCCCCAGGUCUUCCCUGAUGCCUACACACUCACCUUCAUCCCUGUGGUCAGUACCACUGCCUCCAGCACCCCCCUCAAGGUGAUCCGCCUGAGCGUGCACACCCCCAAGGCCCAGGCUGAGCCACAGCUCUACGAGACAGACCAGGGGGAGGUGUUCCUGCGGCGGGACGGGAGCACCCAGGGCCCACUGACCGUCGGCGCCAUCCAGGAGUGGUACCGGCAGUUUAACUCCAGGUGAAGGUGCACAGGCCUGACGUGAGGUCAGCUUUCACAUCUGCUUCCACAACAUCCCCUCAGAAGUGGACAGUGGAGCUGAGCAAGCUGCAGGAGCAGGUGAAGGUGCUGACAGCCGAGAAGGAGCAGCUCCGACAGCAGCUGCAGUGGCACAGGUCCACCUCCUGCACCUGCUGCAUCCUGUGAGGCCACCAGAGACCA